AUGAAGGUUGUGGGGAAAGAGAAGGUUAUUAAGGUCGGAAUGAUGGACCAGGUUAAGCGAGAGAUUUCGGUGAUGAAGAUGGUACGUCAUCCUAACAUUGUCGAGCUUUACGAGGUCAUGGCGAGUAAAUCGAAGAUCUACUUCGCCAUGGAACUCGUUAGAGGCGGUGAAUUGUUCUCAAAAAUUGCAAAAGGGCGGUUGCGAGAGGAUGUUGCCAGAAGCUACUUCCAGCAGCUCAUUUCCGCCGUUGAUUUUUGUCAUAGCCGAGGUGUGUAUCACCGCGAUCUGAAGCCGGAGAACUUGCUGUUAGAUGAAGAAGGUAAUUUAAAAGUGACGGAUUUUGGACUCAGCGCUUUUUGCGAUCAUCUCCGGCAGGAUGGACUGUUACACACGACGUGUGGGACUCCGGCGUACGUCGCACCGGAAAUAAUCGGGAAAAAAGGAUACGACGGAGCAAAAGCCGAUAUCUGGUCAUGUGGUGUUAUCCUCUACGUUCUUCUCGCCGGAUUCUUGCCUUUUCAGGACGAGAACAUUGUCGCGAUGUAUCGGAAGAUUUACCGGGGGGAUUUCAAAUGUCCACCGUGGUUUUCAUCCGACGCUCGAAAAUUGAUCACAAAAUUACUAGACCCAAAUCCGAGCACUCGGAUUACCAUCUCGAAGAUCAUGGAAUCACCCUGGUUUAAGAAGUCGGCGCCGAAGACCUCCAAGUUCUUGAUUGAAGACGAAGGAGUACAAUCUAAAGGCAAGGAUGCUAAAACAUUGAAUGCGUUUCACAUCAUUUCAUUAUCAGAAGGAUUCGAUCUGUCGCCGUUGUUUGAAGAGAAGAAGAGGGAGGAAAAGGAAGAAAUGAGGUUUGCGACGACGGAGAAGGCGGAGGCGGUGGUGUCGAAGCUGGAAGAAGUGGCGAAGUCUAUGAAGUUUAGCGUCAAGAAGAGCGGCGACGAGAGCAGUUUAAGGUUGCAGGGGCAUGAAAAUGGAAGAAAAGGGAAGUUAGGGAUAGCGGCGGAGCUCUUCGCCGUCACUCCGUCGUUUCUGGUGGUGGAAGUGAAGAAAUCUAGCGGCGACACCCUGGAAUACAACCAGUUCUGUAGCAACGAGCUCCGGCCGGCGCUUAGAGACAUCGUCUGGAGGUCUGCCGCCGAUCACACUUUUCCGGCGUGA